AUGAUGCAGCCCAUGUAUGCCUACCACAACCACGCGAGGGCGUUACAUGCAGCCACUUUCUUACUCGUUCUUCUGUUUAUUCUGAUUCAGUUAGUGCGAAGUCGUCAGGACGCCUACGAAAUCAUUGACUCGGACCCCUUGGUGCCGGUGCUCAAACCACAAAAGGCGAGUCCGACGACGAAGAAGACCGAUACUGACACAUACCUGAGAGUGCUCGCCGAGAGGCAUGGCCUCACACGAAAUAUCUCCCUGUUUUCUCAGAGAAUCCGGGCCGUGCCGGAAGCUUCAAGCCGGCGCUCCAUGACAAACCUCCAAAAGGUAUUUGCGGACGGCGACUUUGUGGACAUCAACUGGGACGACAAGGACCUGCCCCUGGACAAAGACGGAGAUACAUGUUUGCCCGUGGCAAUCAGCAUCUUCCCCAAUGAUGUAGAUGCGUCCGACUUGCUGUUUGGCGUCUCGACGACGUAUAACCGGCUUUCGCACGCCAACGACUCCCUCAUCAGAGACUGGCAGCGAUGGCUUACUGACGGACACGGCAACUCGAACGGAGCCGGCGUUAUUGUCGCGCUCUACAACACGUCCAUCCGCGAGGCCUGGCAGACGCACGACAAGUUCAAAAACACCGGCAUCGAUGCGACGGUGUUGAUGCUGGACGACGACUUGGACAAGGUCUCGAGGCACUUUGAAAUCGUCGACAUCCUCCUGGAGGUCAACAAAGCGUUGACCGCCGACGGUCAGACAAGGAAGUAUCUCGGGCUGAUUGAAGACGACAUCUUCUUCCCGACUCUAGGACAGCUCAUCUCCAAGCUUUCUCAGUUCAAUGCCCGAGACCCUUUCUACAUCGGGCUGCCAAGCGAACGGCCAGACUGGUCGGUUGAGGACGAGGAAGCCGUCACUCACGGUGGCGGUGCCGUGUUCUUCACGGUGCCGGCUGCGAAAAUCGUUUCCGAGCUCCCGUGUCUCUCGCCCGACAGACCGCCCUUCGCGAACACCUCAACCUGGGACAGCGCCCUCCACGAGUGCGUGACGAAGAACACCGAUAUGCCCCUCCACGUCCUCUCGAGCUUUUACUCCCCGCGAGAUGCCCUGUACCAUAUGCAAGCGCCAACAUACGACCUGGGAAUCUCCCCCUUCGCCCUCCGACAUUCCCAGUCCCGACACCAUUUCAGCCCCAGCAGAGGCCACCUCGUGACCUCGGUCUGCGGCGAGGCCUGCUUCCUGCAGCGGUUCCGGUUCGCGGACGAUUGGGUGCUGGUUAACGGAUACUCUCUCACGCACUACUGUGCAGGUUUCGAGGUCGAGCCCAUGUCAAGUGGUGCAGUGCUUCAGGGGGCCAUGCAGUAUGGUCUGGAGGCAGAGCUGCCGCUUGGAGAAGGGAUUGUGCUCGAUGAGAGGGAUGAGCCCAAAGAAAUCAUCACGUGGAGGGGUACAAGAAAUGUUUGGUCGUUCUUGGAUGCCGUUGUUGGGGACGAGGGGGAGGUAGUGCAAAUGUAUGUGAAGAAAGGGGGUUUGCGUGAAGUGGAUGACGAGGAACAUAAGGAGGAUAUUUUGGAUUCUGUCAUUGUUUUGGUAUGGGAGUCUUGA